AUGGCGUCAUCUACAUGGAGGAUCCUGAAUGGUCUUACUGGACAGCCAACAUGUGAGUUAGAAGCUGCCGACACAACUGCAAUCGAAUUGAAGAAGCUCAUCGAGAGGGAGAUCAAUGUUCAUCAUGAAAGGCUGGAACUCCUGCAGGGCGGCGUGGUCAUGAAGGAUGCUCAGAUGAUUUGCUGGCAUCCAAGUGCUGGCGAACUACAGAUGUUGAUCCGUCCAGAGGCUGGCGAUGUGCAGCAGGGUCGAUGGUUGGAAAUUCGUGGAUGGGACGAGCGCUACAUUGGACAACACAUCCGAGUCCUGGUGACACAUGUGGACGAUGACCUGGUGAAGGCCGAUUGGAGAUCUAGCCAUGGGGAUGGUUAUCCCAGGAAAUGGCAUUUGUAUUGUGUAUAA